GUUUACAUUUUUAGAGCUUUUUUGUUUUUUCAUGUCAAGUUGCCAUAAGUUUUAAAUAAUCAUUUAUAUAUUUUUAGUCUUAAUUUGCCUAUUAGAGAUUUUAGUUUGACGACUGAACGACACAACAAUAAAUUUCUAGUUUUGUUCGUAUCCUUAGGUUUGUCUUUUUAACUCCUUAGUUUCAGGAAAGCGUCAAAAUGGCUACAAACGAAGAGAAUGAGUGGGGAAUCGAUACAUCAACAGCAGAUAGAAUUGCAGAUAAUUUACAACUUGAAAAAAAUAUCAAGCCUGCUCGCCUGUCACUCCAUUUGAUUGUAAGGAGAAAUUUGUCGAGAGAUUCAAAUGAGAUGCCCCAAGAACAAAUAAUUGAUGAUUUGAAUAAAGUAAAGAGAGUGAGGCUGGAUCGUGAAAGCAUUGGGGAAAUAGACAGCUUAGAGCUCCUGAGCUCACAAGUUACACAUCUGUACCUUCAGAAAAAUAGGAUUGAGUGUAUUCAAAAUUUGGAAUGCCUUCCAAACCUGCAGGUUUUGGUUUUGUCAAAUAACCAAAUUAAGGAAGUAGAAGGACUAUCACAUUUGCAGAAAUUGAUAUUCUUAGAUUUAUCAGAAAACUGCAUUUCCGAUGUUGAUACAGAAGAACUUCCUUGCAGCUUAGUGAUACUCAAUCUUGCAGGAAAUGAAUGUGUGACAAAACCAAAGCACAGGGAAAAAUUGAUCCAGUCCUUAUUGAAACUGAAGCAGCUAGAUGGAGCACAAAUAACAAGGCAAGAAAAACUGGGUGCUGGUCUGGAUAUAUCAGAUGAUGAAAGCAGUGAAGAACUGGAAGAUGAAAAUCGGGAAGAAGAUGACGAAGAGAAGGAGCAGGAUGAUGAAGAUCACCCUGUUUCACCCAUUGCUGAACCCAUACCAAUAAAUACACAACUCUCAGCAUACAAACAGUUGCCAAAGAUUCAGGCCAGCGUCCAAGAUUUUGCGACAGAGAUGUUGUUGAGGUCCCAGGCUCGUCUGGAGGAGAGUGCUGGAGAACAUAGACGUCAUAUUCAGGAGAUGACCAAUUCCAAAAUCAAGGCACGGAUACGACCACUUCAGCACAUACAGAAGCCUCAAUAAUCGGGCAGCAUGCCUUUAUAAAUUUUGAGAUUAAUUUUAAGAUGUUGAAUGAAAGACUGUUUUUAAGUUGAGUAAACUGACUCUUUUACCUGAGCACAUAGACCAGCAUUAUGAACAAAGAAAUACAGUGGGUGUCGCAUUCAACGAGGUCACACAUUCAACGAGAAGUCGGCUCCAACGAGGCAAUC